AUGCCAAAAGAUAAAACAAAGCAGAAAGCAAGGAACGAAUUACCUUUAGGAAAACGUUUUCAAAUCGUAGAAGACGAAAAUAGCAAAGGAUUGACAGGAGUACGCAAACUUGCUGAGAAAUUCGGUUGUGGAAAAACACAAGAGUUUGCAAUGAAAGUAGCAGAGAAACUUGACUACCCUGAGUUCAAGGCGUCAAGCGGCUGGCUUACGAGAUUUAAAGAGCGCAACAACCUUUGGCAACACAAACUCUGUGGUGAAUCUGCUGAUGUGCCAGAGGCUACAGUGUACUCUUGGAAAGAGCAUCCUGGGUCUAUUAUCUCUGGAUAUGCGAUGCAAGACAUCUGGAAUAUGGAUGAAACUGGCUGCUUGUACCGUGCUCUUCCGGAUAAGAGCCUUUCAGAGAAAGCAAAGAAGUGCAGAGGAGGCAAGAAGUCAAAAGAGCGGUUAACUGUUGCUUUCUUCGUUUCUGCUACUGGGGAAAGGAGAAAACCAGUUCUGCAACCUUUAGAUCUCGGAAUAAUCCAGAACGUUAAAGUCCAUUACAGAAAGUUGGUACUUCGUCAUAUUAUUUCAAUGACCACAGACCACGACAGCACAACAGACACCGCCAAAACAUUGGACGUGGUGCAGGCCAUAAGGUGGAUGGGGACUGCUUGGUCUAAGGUCGAGAACGAUACCAUUAUCAAAUGUUUUGCAGCAGCUGGAAUAUCCAGCACUUUCUCAGAAGCAGUUACCGUCAGUAUUGUGACAGGAGAGGAGGAUCCCUUUGCUGAUCUUGAUGUCUCGGCCGAUGAGGAACUGGAAAAUCUUGCCCAAUAG